UGCGAGGUCAUGCAGAGUCACCUUCAAAUGAUGCAGGUUCCUAGACAACACAUGGACAUUUUCCUAGCUGUCAAGUGCAGAGCACUGGCCACUAACCCUCAUACUGCAGAGCUUUCUGAUCUGGCCCAGGCUGUGGUAAGAGUAGAGAUGUUGAAGCAUCAGGAAGACUGGACUGGUUUGGCACAAGUGUUCUGUGGUGUUUGUGUGGGUACACACAUUCCUGCUGAACUUACCAGGUUCUGCUGCUGUGUUACAAUGGCACUGUUGAAAGAACCUAAUGACAAACUCACCCUCCCAUAUGAGUUAUUUGCUGAAACAGUAUGUCAGCAAGUCUCAUUCGAUGACAUGUUGAAAACCACCCUGGGCAGAAUUGGAGUCUCACUGAUCUUUAGGUACCACAAGACACGAGAUUGGAAUAAAGGAGUGAAGCUGGUUAGUGUGAUGUUCAGACUGCACAUUGAGUUCACCACACUAAAGGGGCUCAUGGGUAAUGAACACAGGGUGUCUCGUUGUCAGCUGGUCACCACAGCAACAGAGCUCUUCCUUCAUAGUGGAAGUAUUGAAGGAGCUCUAAAAAUGCUCAGAGCUGAUGACUGGUUUGUCACCUCAAACAUGUGGCCUUGCGAGCAGGCUGACAUAGAUGGUCGAAAACGGGUCCUGACUCUCCUAGCUGGAAAAACAUCACACAGAGACACCUUUGAGAUUCUUACCAACUUACCCGGACUCAGGCAUCAUAUAAACAGUGUCCAGGUAAAUGAGUACACAGAAAUGUUCAGCGCUCAUCUACGUCUGUGUGUGAUGAAGCAAACAUUACAGGUUGCUGCAGACAUUCUUGAGUUCAUGUUAAUACAUGGUAUGGUUCCUGAUACCAUCCAGCUACAGAACCUUAUCCAUAAACUGGGCAAGCAGAACAACUGGAGCCGUGCCAGGGCUCUUUUUAAACGCGCUCGGUUAGCAGGGUUUUACUCUGCUGUGGUGUGCGAAAGCGAAGCUCUGUUUCUGCCCUGUAGUCUCAGGGAGAUUGAGAUGACACUGGCCUUUGAGAUGUUUAUCACCUCUGUCAAAACAAGCCUACAGCCCCCUGCUGGAUCCUCCCAACCACUUCUGAUUAUGCUCAGACGGCAUGCUGAUGCUGCGGAUGUAACAGAGAGUGUGUACUUGGCAGCCGGCUGUCGGCUCCUCUCUGCGGCUCUCAUACCAAACCCCAAACUGAGUAUCCGCUACACAGCUGUCAAUCAAAACCAAGAACAACUCUUUCAACUGGACCGUGGGUCUGCCCACAAAUGGUUUUUACAGAACGAGCGCUGGGCACAAGAGAUAUGGGCAAGCUAACACAGGCUUGUGAACAGUCCCACAUGUUACCACUGCUGUCUUUUUCUAUGUCUAAUCAAGUUACUUUAAGCAAUGCAUAUGUUUCAGACUAUUAAUCUGAAACUGGUUUCACGUAAUUGUUUUUGUGGUGUUUGUUCAUCUCCUUUUUAUAGAUGUUAUAUAGAUAUAUUUCUGUUAAAACUUUAUUGAAGGACAAGAUUUUGUUUUGAGUUGUAAAAAUGAGAGGUUUUCAUAAUGUUUAGCUUUGUGUUUAUUUGUUUCAAGGUCCUUAACAUAAAUCUAUAAAUCCCUUAAUUUUAAAGGAAUCCAAAGAAGAUUCACUCUUGGAACUUUAUUUACUUGACACCACAAACUUUGUUCCUGUGGAAAGAAAAAGCACCAUGGCCACAAUUUUUUCUAAACUCUUCUGAAAUAAUUGUGCUGCAUUUGUGAUUUAAAUCUAUAUUUUCUACUUGAGAUAAAGACACCUAUUGUGCAGUGUGAUAGUUUUGUUUUUUUAACUGUUCCCAUUGGCCAUGCAUAUCAAAAAUUGCAUACUUUUUUGUGGUUAAUGUAAAUACACUUGAGUGCAAUGUUCCUGAGUUGCGCUUAUGUACAUUAAAAUAAUAGACAUUCCAUCAUUAGGUCCAAUUUUGUCUGGUUCUUAAGGGAUGUGCAAAUUUCAGUUUGUUCAGUUUAACUGAAAAUAAUAAAAAUAAGUUGAA